UUCAUAUAACAGCAUGCACGCGCCCUGUAGCAGCUUUUGACUGACAGAGGAGGACAGCUGCAAGUUAAUUUGUAACCACUGAAACUUUUUAACAGCUUUGAAGAAAAUUUUAACAGACUGCACCAUGGCUGGACUCAAGUACAUGACUGGGUUUGGGAACGAGUUCUCCUCAGAGGACCCACGCUGUCCAGGGUCUUUACCUGAGGGACAGAACAAUCCUCAGGUGUGUCCGUAUGGCCUCUAUGCUGAGCAGCUCUCUGGCUCAGCCUUCACCUGCCCCCGGCCAGCCAAUAAGAGAAGCUGGUUUUACCGCAUCUUGCCUUCUGUCAAACAUAAGCCUUUUAUCCCAGAGCCUUGUGGAAACCUGAUGGAGAACUGGAACGAGGUGGAGCCUGAUCCAAACCAGCUGCGAUGGCUGCCAUUCAUCAUCCCCAAAUCUACAGACAAGAAAGUGGACUUUGUGGCUGGUCUGCACACCGUCUGUGGGGCUGGAGAUGCCAAAUCCCGCAACGGCAUUGGCAUCCAUGUGUACACCUGCAACACCUCCAUGGUCGACAGGUGCUUCAACAACUCAGAUGGAGACUUUUUGAUCGUCCCCCAGCAGGGCGAGAUCUUGAUCACCACUGAGUUUGGAAAGAUGAUGGUGGAGCCCAAUGAGAUCUGUGUGAUCCAGCAAGGCAUGCGCUUCAGUGUGGACGUUUUUGGAGAGACCAGAGGCUACAUCCUGGAGGUGUACGGGGCCCAUUUUGAACUCCCUGAUCUGGGACCCAUAGGUGCCAAUGGUCUGGCCAAUCCCAGAGAUUUCUUGUGUCCAGUUGCUUGGUAUGAGGAUCGCCAAGUGGCCACAGGUUACACCGUCAUCAACAAGUACCAAGGAAAGCUCUUCUCCUGCCAACAGGAUUUCUCCCCGUUCAAUGUGGUGGCUUGGCAUGGGAACUACACACCGUACAAAUACAACCUGACCAACUUUAUGGCUAUCAACUGUGUGGCCUUCGACCAUGCGGAUCCAUCUAUCUUCACCGUCCUGACCGCCAAAUCCACACGACCUGGUGUGGCCAUCGCUGACUUUGUCAUCUUCCCCCCUCGCUGGGGUGUGGCCGACCACACCUUCCGUCCACCAUACUACCAUCGUAACUGCAUGAGUGAAUUCAUGGGUCUGAUCAAAGGCCACUAUGAGGCUAAAGAGGAGGGAUUUCAGCCAGGAGGAGCCAGCCUGCACAGCGUGAUGACACCCCACGGCCCGGAUGCUGACUGCUUCGAGAAGUGCAGCACAGCCGAGCUCAAACCUGAGAGGGUGGCUGAAGGAACCAUGGCUUUUAUGUUUGAGUCCUCCUUCAGUAUGGCUGUGACCAAGUGGGGUCUGCAAACAUGCCAGAGACUUGACAAGAACUACCAUCAGUGCUGGGAACCUCUGCGCAGCCACUUUAACCCGGACUGGAAGCCCAGGAAACAGUGAAAAAGAUGGCAAAGAAGACAAGUUAACAAAAUAUAAAUGAUUUUAAAAAGCUUUAAUUUCCCUUCAUUACAUAGAAUUAUUAUAAAUCCAAUAUGUGUUAAGUGUGUCUCGCCCUAGCUGAUUGAUUAGACAUUACAGCAGAUGUUGUGCAGUCAUGGAACUAACAAGAUUGUCUUUAACUCAUGCAGCUCCUGCCUAUAAAAAGUAUUCACCCCCUUGGAA